ACAGAACAGUUAUUUUCUGAUAAAACUUAAUAGAAUAUGAUGUGGGCUGUCUUUAGAAGGUGUAUGAUAAUUAUAGUGUAGAGAUACGAGGAAAACCUGAUUACCUGUACCGUAAACACAAUAUAUCUUUAUUUAGUUAAAACAUUUCAGACUUUUUGGUUAACAGGGACGAAUUUAGACUCCAACGUAGUAAUAGUUUAUAAACGGAUAAUUGUGUUGUAUAUUAUAUGCGGACAUCUUUAUAUCAAAUUUUAUUGAAAAAAUGAAAUGUCUUUUCUCUAUACUCGUUAUCAUUGGUAACUCGAAUGUGUUGCUUGCUAACAAUGAUAAUUGCAGAGAAAACGAUCUGAAUGCUUUAAUGGUACGUCUGCGUGUACUUCGAACAGAGUUUGCCGACUUGAAAAUCAAGCAUGAAGAACUGAUAAAUCGUAUCGAUUUAAUAAAUGACACUCAAGUAGUUCUCAAGGAAACGAAUGAUAACCAAGAAACAGAACUUAGAAAGCAUAGAGAAGAAAUCAACAAUGCAUCUUCAGAAAUAAAACUUAUCAACAUAAAAAACACAAAACAAGAGAAAGAACUUAUAGAACUUAGAAAACAAAUCAACAAAACAUCCUCAGAUAUCAACACAGAAAACAGAAAACAAGAUACAGAACUUACCAAACUUAGGACAGAAAUAGAUGCAUUAAAAGGAGAAAAAGUUGUGGCUUUCACGGGAACAACACCUAAGGCGGGUACAUCAUCAACAUCUAUGUCUUUUACAACUGUCAUUACAAACGAAGGUAACGCGUUUGAUACAUCGACUGGCAAGUUCACAUGCCCUGUUAGCGGGCUCUACUACUUUUCCUUACACAUCAUCAAAAAGAGGACAAACCCUCCAGCAGUCCCCGUCGACCGGGCCGGAUGUUUCAUUAAUCUAAACGGAUUAAGUAAAGUGAGAGCGCACAUAGACCCAUAUGCCUAUACAACAGACAUUGGAAGUUACGGAGUCUCGACAUCGGUGUAUUUAAAUCUAAAAGUUAGAGAUGUAGUGACCAUAGAGAACUGUUACGGUACAAUACCAGACACUGUAGAUUCAUGGACAUCAUUCAGUGGUUAUUUAGAAAGACAAGUUUAAUAACUUAAACCAAAAUAUAGUUACUAUAUAUAUAUGUUUUCUAGUAUUUGUGUCACGGAAUGCUCUGAUUUUUGUCUCGCGCAUCAAAUGGCAGUUGAUACGAAAAAGUUUAUAUCUAAGAUUUAAAUGAUAAACACAGGUUGUUUUGAAGAAGGUACAUGUGUAUUUUUUCGAUACAACUUUAAAGUCAUAAUUUUCACAAGAAAUUUCCCUGUAUAACUUGGUAAAUUAUGUAGAAUACCCAAAAAGUGAUAUUUUAGCAAAAUUAUUUAUGGAAUGGUCCGAUUGUUUUGAUUUUUAAUACUGAUAAAUUACAAUGGAAUAAGUGUUUUAAAGCUGCUAGAUCGCACAAUAUUGCUGAAAUGUAUUGCUUGGAAAUCAAAUUAAAAUACAUCAAAUGUGCUUUUCAAAUAUAAUUUGUUUGUUUUGACACGGAUCCGUUAUCAAAAUACAUCAUUCAUGCAUAAUUUUUUCAAGUAUAAAAAUAUUAGACGUGUCUAAUAUAAAAUGAUCUAUCACUAUAUGCGUUCAUAUGUAUUGUUCCCUGAAACACUCUUAUUUAUUUUUCUCUGAAACACUCUCAUGUAUUGUGUAUAUUUUAAAUGGGAAAUAUACAAAUUGCAGUUAAAUUAUGUGUUCAAAAUGUACAAAAUAAAUACGGUCAUAUAAAUAACAAGUUCGUAUUGUUGAUUGGAAAAUGAAAUGAAAAUUAAAAUGAACUCUCCACAAUUUAUUUUCUUUGUUCAUUAAAAAAACCAAGGCAGCAAAUUUUAAAACGAGCAUUAACUCUAUUAUCAUUUUACAUAUUAUAAAAAAAAACGGUUCAUUUGUAUAUUUCAAAAGAUGAGCGAAAAGGCAAUGUAACCAUUUUAUAUGUUUUACUAAUUUCUUCAUUUUUUUUUUAAUUUGUAUUCGGUAAUUGAGAGAAACAUUGCAUAUCUUACCAUUCAAAACUGUUCGUCUAUGACACAAUUCAUUACCAUGCACUUUUCAU